UGCUCAUGAACCUUCCUGAGGGGACCUCUGGCUAAGUUUGAUCCUGGAGGAAGUCGUGGGCAGGGGACAGAGGGCAACAGGGGAGGCAACCCGCAUCCCCUGAGCUCAGAUGACCCAAGGACUGCUCCGGUUGGUACACUAAGGUGGCUGCGCCAUAUCAACAGCCUUAAUGGAUGCCCUGGAAGACAGUGUUAGGGCACCAUAGUCCCCAAAACAGCCCUGGGGCCUAGGGAUCUGCGUCUUCUCCAGAGAGGGCGCGGGCCUGGCGUAGCAGGAAGUAAGAGGGGGCGCCAGGUGGCCGGAGAGGUGGCCAUGAGCGCGCGGGGCAAGACGUUGGUGCCACUGCUGGUGGUUGUGGUGGCGGUGGAGGUGACCUUACAGUCAACCUCUUCGCAUGUGAAACCCGUGGAUCCCGAGAAACCCGAACUGCAGGAAGCCAACCUAUUGUCAGGACCCUGCGGUCACAGGACCAUCCCUUCACGUAUAGUGGGUGGCGAAGAGGCCGAGCUUGGCCGCUGGCCUUGGCAAGGGAGCCUGCGUGUAUGGGGCAACCACUUAUGUGGCGCAACUUUGCUCAACCGCCGCUGGGUGCUUACAGCUGCCCACUGCUUCCAAAAGGACAAUGAUCCUUUCGACUGGACAGUCCAGUUUGGCGAGCUGACCUCCAGGCCGUCUCUCUGGAACCUACAGGCUUAUUCCAACCGUUACCAAAUAGAAGAUAUUUUCCUGAGCCCCAAGUACACGGAGCAGUUUCCCCAUGACAUAGCUCUGCUGAAGCUGUCAUCGCCUGUCACCUACAGUAACUUCAUCCAGCCCAUCUGCCUCCUGAACUCCACAUACAAGUUUGCGAACCGAACUGACUGCUGGGUGACCGGCUGGGGGGCUAUUGGAGAGGAUGAGAGAGGACAGGAGCCAGUCCUUUCCUUCCAGACAGGAACUCAGAGGUGCCAGGGAGGCCUGAAGAGGCAGGGACCCCAUAGGGCCUGUAGCAUGGCUUCCACAACAUUGCUUCUAUGAACCUCCAGUUUCAGCAGGCACCAGUCCUAAGUGAGCGGCAGGAAACCCUGCUCCAUCCUCCACAGUUCCAACUGUGCACUCUCCUCCAGUCUUGGCUCGCCACUGGACUCUCUUUGGCCGUCCAUAAGGGUCUAAUCAAGCACCUCCCUGCAGCUCAGCAGGGACUCUUACACAAAGACCCCACCCUCAGCCCAAGAAGCACUGAGAACAGUUUCCCUCCAGGGAAGCCUGGGGCAUGUCCUUUGUGCCUGGAGUGACCUGGCUCAGUUCUCUCUGACCUGGUCCAUCUCUACAAUGUCCCCUAACAAGAGUAUUAGCAAUAGAUUCAGAUCCUUUCCUACAAGUCAUGUGGUGACACUGUUGCAGGAUUGGGGACCCUGGUGCAUCAAGGCAACAGCAUAAUUUGUUUUAAACUCCAUUUUAACAUUUUUU